GCCACGGAUUCCAGCUCUUGCCCUCUCAGGCUCUCGCUCUCUUCCGGUGUGGUUGUGGGUGGGGUUGUGCGGGGGUGCAUUAAAUCCCUCCAACCAUCCCUCGGGGGCAGCCUUGCAGAACCACCGGAGGGUAAGCGUCGGGGGAAGGGAGGGAAGGAAGGCUUAUCGGAUCGGCGGGCUUGGAUUUGUCGGGACUGAGGGCGAAAAAGGAAAGGAUUAAGGUAGGGAGCGGGAAAUGCCGAGACCAGGACCUAGGCCAUAUGAGUGUGUGAGGCGCGCCUGGCACAGCGACAGGCACCAGCCCAUUAGAGGAUCUCUCAUCCAAGAAAUCUUCAGGGUGGCGAACGAAGUACACAGUCCCGCCACCCGCAAGAACAAGGAAUGGCAGGAGAAGCUCCCCUUCGUCGUUCUCAAGGCCGAGGAGAUUAUGUACUCCAAAGCCAACUCCGAGGCAGAAUACAUGGACCUGAAGACGCUGCGCGACCGAGCUAACGACGCCAUCGACACCAUCAUUCGCAAGGAUGAAACUACGGAGAGCGGAGACCUCUUGCAGCCCUGCAUAGAAGCGGCGCUUAAUCUGGGCUGCAUUCCCAUAAGAACUUCAAGGAGCCAGCGACACAGCAACCAUGGCGGCUAUUUGAGCUCCACCAUCAAAGAUGUCAUCGCUGCCCCUCUUAAGCUCCCGGACGACGACGACAACAACAACAACAAGAAGUCUCGCAUAGGAUCUUCUGGCCAUCGGUUGGCACCAUCACCUCCUCUUGACCACGUUUCCGCUUCUCAGUUUGCAUCCUGGGGCUCCGCCUUCAUAAAGCCCACCGUUGUACAUCCUGGCAUUCCCGAGGCCAAGUCUGUCAACCCUGAUGCCUCUCAUGAGCAUGAAGAUUCCUUCACCAUAGCUAAUUCCAGUCUCCAUUAUACCUCCAAGCAUUCUCUACUCUCUUGCCAAGAUAGAAUGCCGAACCCAAUGAAUACCUAUACUUGCCCGAGUUUGGGUCAUGUGUAUCCCCUGUACUACAGCCACAACCAACCCAAAACAGUUGCGCAGUUAUCUCAUCAGAGGCCUCAGGACCUCUUUUGUAGCACGGUCACACCCAUGAUGCCUGAUGUUCUGUCCCUCGCCAAGGCUGAGGCAGGCUCUAUGCAGAACGUUCCUGGUAGCAGAAGCACCAUGGAUUCUUUGAAGCAAGUUUCGAACUUCAUAAAAGCAUCUGAGAAUCCACCACACAUUUGUUGUGAUUUGUCACUGCGCCUGGGGCUGCCUUCUUCUCCAUCCUUAGGUGCAGAGGACGCAUGGAAUAAUGAGGUUGAGGAUGUGGGGUCAAGCAGUUCCUGUGAUGAGAGCAAGUUCUACGAUCCUUCUCCUAAAAGAACCAGAGCCUGGAACUUAGAGAGUUCAUUUUCGCCUCCAAAAGAUAAGGGCUUUGAUUUCCUCGCAGUAGAAUCUAUGGACGAGCCAGUGGAGUCGUGUUCAAGUAAGUGGAGUUCAGAGGGCGAAGGCGCAUUGUGUGUCGAGGCUUUUGACAAGUGCAAAGCAACUACGAGUGGUCCAUUCCAUGGUGGGUACUCCAACUGGAGGCAAAAGAUUUCGACUGUCCAGCAAUCCGGCAAAAUGGAGGCACCAAACUCAUAGGAGUAACAAGCGCUGAAAUUGCUUAUGGACCUCUCAGGUAGCAGCACAUCUCCCAAUAAAGAAGUAUCAAGAAACAUCCUUCAGAACCCUUUACUUUCUUAUUUUACAAUUAGUAGAGUAUUGAUGUGCGGAAAUGCAGGACGAAUAGCGGCUCGCAGAGAGCUGCUUGCUUUUGGUAUUGACAUUUGUGGCAUCUGAAGAUUGUCUUAGAUACUAGUACUGUUUGUAAAUUUGAUGCAUUAAAACAUUAGGGCAAUUCUCUGGUUGACCGCUUGCUUGUGUGCGCAUGCAUAUGCACCAGAUAGAAAUCAGCAUUUCACGUUGAGAAGAUGAUUGGCCAUUCACAUUUAUAUGGCAAUGUUUGUGCGUGCGUGCGUGCAGCACCAGAUAAAAAUCAGCAUUUUACAUUGAAAGAUGAUUUGACAUUCAUAUUUAUGUAGUAAUGUUUGGCUUUGUGAGGAACUAGAGGCAGCCUGAAAGAUACUGGGUGUGAAUUAUUACCAUAGUGACAUAUGACUCCGAGUAAAUUCUUGCCUUAGGUGAUGUUAUUGCCUUGUCCAGGCCUCAUGAGCAAUAAAGGCAAAGAAGAUUUUACUUAAAACAGAAAUAUCUAUGAGUGUUCUAUAUAAAUCAUAGAACAAUUCUCGUCAA